UCCAAGGAUACAACAACUACUGUCAGCCGGCCUAGCACUCCAGUGAGCAUGCAUGCAAAUUGUGGACCACCUGACAGGUCUGUGUCUUUGGAAUUGCCUGUCUUUGAGAACACGGUGACCAAAAAAAGAAAAUCCAUCCAGAAGUCCAUGUCUGAAAAUGAAGCAUUUGACAGGAAAAAUGUGAAUGGCACACUUUGGCAGGGUUCCAGGAAGCCAGAAAAUGAUUCGUACAUCAGAAGGCACUGUCAGUUUGAAGAAGAUAACAUUAUUGGUGAUGGGGUGCACUUGCAGCAAGGAAAGAAGAUAGAAGAAACCACAUGCCAGAUGAUAAACUAUGAGCAGUGGAUUCCACCACGAGUUCACAAUCCAGCUGUGGCUGGUAACAGUGAAAUGGGUAUGGAACCAGAUGAUAAAGCAGAGUCCAUGGGAACAUUAAAACGAUUGCAGAAAUUGGUCAGAACCAAAAAAACUAACACACAAAGCUUGGAGGAUGUCAAACAUGUUUUGGUUCCCCUCAAUACAUUAGAGAAUGCUUACCUUUCUGAAGAGGAUGAAGAAGCACUAACUUCUUGCAUGAAACUGACAAGACCUCAAGAAAAGAAGACCUGGAAAGAAAACAUGAGGAGAAAAGAAGAGACUGAGACUAGGGCAGAUUUUAUUUCUGCAUCUCUGGGCCGCUCAUACACUUCCAGAAUUAAUAAUUUAGGAACUAUUUCAAUACAUUCUGAAACUGAAUUUCAGUUGUGGAGUGACUGGAAGCCAUUCCCUGAUAACCAGCUCUGUCCUUGUGACUUCUUGAUUUCAAAAAUAGAAGAAUGGGAAAACUGCACUUGCUCUUCUCAUCAGCCACAUCUUACAUAUUCCCUAACUGAUAUGGAUCUACAGUACUCCUGGCGUACAAGUAGCUUUGGAAGCUUUGAUCGUUUCAGACAUCACUCAAUAUCAAAGACAGAUGAUUCAGCUGAGAUAUCUGAGUUGGAGACUAUAAGUGAUGUCGGAGAAGGAGUAUCAACUAAAGCAGCAAAUAAUGCAGGAGGUUUGGGUAAGAAGAUGAGAGCCAUUUCACUUACCAUGAAGAAAAAGAUGGGUAAAAAGUACAUCAAGGCACUCUCUGAGGAGAUGAAUGAAGAAGGAAAAGAUGACAGUGAUCCUGGUGGUGGAAUACACACUGAGAAGGUCUCCCUAAAAGCCAGUGACUCUAUGGAAAGUCUUUAUAGCCUGAACAGUGGCCAGAGCUCAUCUAGUGGGGUGACCAGCUGCUCAGAUGGAACGAGCAACAGGGACAGUCUCCGGUUUGAUGACGAAGUCCCUUACAGUGGGCCCUUCUGUGGUCGAGCCAAAGUUCACACUGACUUCACACCAAGUCCUUAUGAUACCGACUCUCUGAAAAUCAAGAAAGGAGACAUUAUAGAUAUAAUUUGUAAAACCCCUAUGGGGAUAUGGACAGGCAUGUUGAACAACAAAGUAGGAAACUUCAAGUUCAUAUAUGUGGAUAUUAUCUUGGAAGAGGAAGCUGCACCCAGAAAGAUAAAGCCAUACAGAGGAAGCAAAAGGACCAAGCCUAAAACAUUGCAAGAGCUCCUGGAUUGUGUCCACCUGCAGGAAUAUGCCUCAACCCUCUUGCUAAAUGGCUAUGAAACUCUGGAGGACCUAAAGGAUCUACAGGAGAGCCACUUGAUUGAAUUAAAUAUUUCAAACCCAGAAGACAGGGCAAGAUUGUUAUCAGCAAUUGAAAAUCUACAGGACUGUGACAGUGAACAGCAGGAGAAAAGUGAGGUUUGUCAGGAGAUGCAGAGCUUAAGCCCUCACCAUGGCUUUGACAAAUCACAGUUAAAUGAAUGCCCAAGAGAUUCUGGCUGUUACAUCUCAUCAGAAAAUUCAGAUAAUGGUAAAGAAGAAGUAGACUCAGAAACCCUGUCUGACAUGGUACAGUCAAUAGUGAUCACUGAGUCAGCCUGAUUCAGCCCUGCUGCUUUUCUGCAGGUUUUCAGAAAAGACACUCAGAUUUGCCAGUAUGAUGGCUCAGAAGCAGAACACAGAAUAUUUUCAGCACCGAAAAUCUACUUCUGUCUGAUGUGUAAUGUUCUAGACUGUUCAAUAUGUGGACACUUGAUAACUAAGUGUUAGCUGAUAAUGUUAAUAUCUCAUGCUUUUCUUUUCAAUGAAUCCACA